AUGACCGAAUUACAACGUCUGUUAGACAAAGUUCCCGCCAUAAUUCAAAUUCUCAUGAAGUUGUUGAUGAAAUCCAGCAAUAUCUUGAUUGUCGAUACAUCUCACCAUGUGAAGCGUGUUGGAGAAUUUUUUUCUUACAAAAUUCAUGGGAGGAAACCCGAUGUGGAGAGAAUGUUUUACCACCUAAUUGGUGAAAAGUCUCUUUUCUUCUCUAAUUACACUCGAAUGGAGAAUGUUUUAGAGAAGGCAAGCGUGACGGAAUCAAUGUUUGAUGCAUGGUUAAUUGCCAACCAAACUUAUGAGCAUGUUAGGCUGUUAACUUACGGCCAGUUCGUGUCAAUGCUUGUGUACCAUAAAAGAUUGCGACUCUGGAAGCCUCGGAAAAAGGGGUUUACAAUUGGCCAUUUGAUUUGGGUUCCACUCUAUACGGGACAAGUGUAUUAUCUACGGAUGAUGCUGAUGGGACAAGUGUAUUGUCAAAGGUCCUACAAGUUACAGAGAAAUACGCCAGCCCAUGUAUGGAAAGAGUCUUGGGUGCUUUUGUCAUAUGGUUUGUUGCACCAACAAAGAUUGUUGGUGAAUAAUCAAGAUGAACUGCGCGGCAUAUUCCAGAAAAUUAUGACAGCAGUUAGGAGUCAGAAAGGAUGUGUAUUCUUCCUUCACGGUUAUGGGGGUGCGGGAAAAACCUACAUGUGGAAGACACUGGCGAGUGCACUCGGGUCUAAACACGACAUAUGCAUAAUCGUUGCGACAAGUGGAAUCGCAUCACUGUUGUUACCCGGUGGGAGAAUUGCUCACUCAAGGUUCAAACUACCCGUUCUGACAUUGGAUAACUCAAAUUGCAACAUUCCAUACCACGAUGAGGCUGCCGAUCUACUUCGUCAAUCGAAGUUAAUAAUUUGGGACGAGGCUCCUAUGGCCAACAAAUGGUGCUUCGAAGCACUUGACAAGACAUUGAAGGAUCUCAUUAGUGUCAGUGGCAACUCGAGUAGGCUGGGAGGUCCAAAUGAUGGGACUGCAGAGAUAGAAUUUCCAAAAGAGAUGAUAAUCACUGACUUCACAUAUCCUAUUGUUGGAAUCGUGACGAGUAUGUAUCCUAAUUUCCUCAAUAAUUACCGCGACUAUAUCUACCUCAAAUGUAGGGCUAUAUUGGCGUCAACCAUCGAUAUGGUCGACAAAAUUAACGAUCAUGUUUUAGGCAUGAUUCCAGGUGACCUGAGGGACUACUAUAGUUGCAGCACGGUUGAGCGGACAGAGAUACAUGACCGGGACAUGCUUGAUGUUCUCACUCUAGAGUUUCUGAAUUCUUUAAAGACUUCAGGUUUUCCUAACCAUCUCAUAAAACUAAAGAUUGGAACACCGGUUAUGCUUAUGCGGAAUAUUGAUCAAUUCGAAGGGUUGUGUAACGGUACACGACUCAUUUUGACAAAGAUGGCGUCGCACGUACUUGAGGCACAGAUUAUGGGAGGCAAGCGCCAUGGGAACAUCAUCUAA